AUUACAUAUGAUAAAAGCCCAUCAAAGAAACUUGAUCAACGGGUUGAAAUUCGAAUUUCGGAAGGUGUACUGGACGUCAUUUUUUUCCAAAAAACGAGGGGUAAACUGAGGAUAAAAGGAGCAAACUUAUUACCACGUCAUAAAUGCCAAACUGGCAUUGGCUGCAAUUGGGGCGAUAGGACAUGCACGCGCGUGAAGGAACCCCCCACCCUUUAUAAAGUCUCUAUUCUCCUGUUCUUUCUCCUUCCAUGUCCUUCAAGGCGUGCCAUUGUGUUCUCAUUAGCUCUUUCUCUCUCUACACACACACACAAUCAUCAUCAAUUUCUCUGUUUUUCUUGCUCUUUUUCUUUCAUUCCCAAGGACCCAGAACAAAAAACAAAAACAAAAAAAAUUCAGAGAGAGAAAGAAAAAUCUACAAACUAUUUGAUCCUAAGUUUCCAAUAAUGUCCAUUCCCCUGCAGCUGUUUUAUUUCACAUAAUUUUUUAGCACCUUCCAUUUUGCAGCUUUUCAAUCUCUCACCCAGCAGACAAAAAAGAAUAGGAAAGGAGAAAAACAAAACAAGCUCUAAUUAAUCCUUCAUUUUGUUUCCCUGUUUUGUCACUCUCAUUGUUAUCAUUUUGUUUUCGUGUCUGCUAUUCAUUUUGUUUUUACAGGGAAAAAAAAAAAAUGUAUAGACGAGAGAAAACACAGGAGAGAUAUAAGCAUGACAAGAAAAGCCCAUCAUUCUCUUCAAGUCUACUCGACAAAAUAUACCGCUCAAUCGACGAGGGUGACAAACACUCUGGAGAUUUGAAGGUCUUUACGGGAACAAUGGCAAAGAAACAGACCAAAAGCGGUGGAAGAAGUAGUAGAGCUAUGGAAGAGGAAGACAUGGCCAGUUUUCGCCGAGCUUGUUUAACCGAUAAGUGGAUGGAGAAGAAGGCUGGAGAUAAAGUCGGUGCUCAACGAAGACAGUAUUACCCAGAAUCGGAUAGAAAAAUAGACCACGAUAACUACAAUAACGAUCAUGACGUUAUGUUUUUCAGUUCGACAUCCAGUUCUUCAGAUUCAAGUUCGGGAGGUUUCUCUUCCUCCGACACGGAAUCUAUGCACUGUACCAGAUCGAGAACACCCUCGUGUUUCGCGCCGGCGAUGCCGAAGCCUAAGCCUGUUCGAACCAGCACCACUUCUUCUCGGUCGGAGAAAACAGAGAAGAAACAGAGGACUCUGUUAUACGAACAGAGGACGGAAUUGCAUAUGUACGAUGAUUGUCAUCGCCAUCAUCAUCAUCAUAAUAGUUCAUCCACAGAACACACACCGAAGCUCGACGAAAUUCUGAUCAGGUCCAAGUCAAGGGCUUUGAAGAUUUACAGCAAUCUAAAGAAGGUGAAACAGCCAAUUUCACCGGGAGGUCGGCUGGUGAAUUUCCUCAAUUCACUUUUCACUGCAGGAACAUCAAAGAAAUCCAAACACUCCUCCUCCGUCGCAAGCUGCGAUUAUGCUAAUGCUAGUGCCGAGAGGAAAUCGAAAUCGGUCCAAGCUUCUUCGACUUGUUCUUCGGCCUCUUCAUAUUCCAGAUCAUGUCUGAGCAAAAAUUCGCCUACUACGAGAGAAAAACUUCGCAAUGGGGUUAAAAGGACGGUUCGUUUUUACCCUGUGAGUGUUAUUGUGGAUGAAGAUUGUCGGCCAUGUGGUCAUAAAUGCUUGUACGAAGCAGAACAAGAAGAAAACCGAACAACUCUAAUGCCGGUAACCGUACCGACGGCAUGGAAAAUCGGACCGUCGCCGACGAGGAAGAUCGAAGAAGAGGUUGUUAAACACCAAGUGUUUGAGAAAAGUCGGCGAGUUGAAGAAGCAGCCAGAGAGUUUCUCAAGGAUUAUCGUCAAAACCUACUGAAGAACGAAAUAAAGCUGAGAGAUUUUCGGUGUGGUAAAGUGGAGGAAGUGGAUGAUGAUGCAGCUAGCUAUUCAAGUUCGGAUCUUUUCGAGCUCGAUCACCUUGCGUUGAUCGGAAACGAAAGGUACCGGGAAGAACUUCCGGUGUAUGAAACAACCCAUGUUGAUACAAACCGUGCCAUAGCUAAUGGCCUAAUAAUGUAGAGUUUUGAUAUCACAUAGAAUUAAACCAGUUUUUUUUUUUUCAAGUAUACUGAUGAGCUUUGCUUUUGAUAACUUUUAACAUUCUGUUACUGUCUGGCUAAUUAAUAUUGUCUUGUACUAGUCUUGUUAAUGAUGUUUUUAGGCCACCGCUAAUGGCCAAAAUAUGAGAUUCCAGAAAUAGAACCAUGACAACGUUUUCUCAGUUUCCUCCAUAACAUAAACAGUCU